AUGGCCGAAGCUUUAGUCACUAUUGCUGCCGAGGGGAUCCUGAAAAAGGUGUUGUCGAUUGCUGCCGGCGAACUUGCCAUUGCUUGGGGUUAUGAAGAAAAGCUGAUCAGCCUACACAGAACAUUGGACCUGAUUCGUGCCAAGUUGCUCGAUGCGGAGGGGAAAAAGGAAACAAGGGCUGUGAUGGUGUGGCUGAAGCAGCUAAAAGAUGUUGUGGGCGAAGCUGAUGAUGUGUUGGACGAGGUUGAUUACGAAAUGUUGAGGCGUCAGAUAAAGAAACGAGAUCAGGUGGCUAGAAAGGUAUCGUGCCUUCCAAGCUUGAAAAAGUUUUCAUUUCGUAAUGAAAUAGGUCAUAAAAUCGAAAACAUCAAUGAAAUGUUGGAUAAGAUCUAUACACAAUCAAACGGAUUAGGACUGCAAAACGAACGCCAUGUUGACCCUGUUCCAGAUUGUCUCUAUCGGGAGACUAUUCCACAUCCAGAAGAAUUCAAAAUUGUUGGAAGAGAUGAUGAUGUACUACGUAUCAUUGAGAUUUUAACCCAACCAAAAAAGGAAGAAAAACUUAUAAUUGUUCCCAUUGUGGGAAUGGGCGGUAUUGGGAAGACAGCUUUGGCUAAGUCGGUCUACAAUGAUAAUAGAAUUCAGAAACAAUUUAAUGUUAAAGCAUGGUUGUGUGUGUCAGUUAAGGUUGACAUCAAUACACUUCUUGCAAAGAUCUAUGAAUCUUUUGCCAAAAAGAAACCUACCUCGGACUUAAGGACCAAUUUAAUUGAAAGUCUUAAAGAGAAGUUGGCAUCAAAAAGAUAUCUGUUAGUCUUGGAUGAUGUUUGGGUUGAAGAGAGGCCAUAUUGGGAAGAGUUUAGGAGUUGCAUGCUAAAUGUAAACUCACAAAAUGGAAGUGGCAUUCUUGUCACUACAAGGAAGCUUGAAAUCGGAACCAUUGGAAUGAAGGCUGAUUCAUGUCUUUUAAAAGGUCUUUCUGAUGAUCAUUGUUGGGACAUCUUUAGAGAGAGAGCAUUUGUGGCAGGCACAUCACCGUCUGCAGAACUGGAGGAGAUAGGCCGUGAGAUUGUAAAAAAAAGUGGUGGUUUACCAUUGCUUUUAAAUGUAAUAGGCGGCAUGUUGGCAAAUUACAAUGACACAGAGAAGUGGUUGUCCAUAAAAAAUAGCAAGGUUUGGGAUCUAGAAGAAGAAAGGGAUAGAGUUCAAAAGAGUUUGGAACUGAGCUUUGAUAAUCUACCCAAUUCUAUCGUCAAGCAAUGCUUUGCAUAUUGUUCCAUUUUUAAGAAAGAUAAGGUCAUGAAAAGGAAAGAACUGGUCCGACUUUGGAUGGGUUUAGGAUUGGUUCAAGCGGAUGAGGAAAAGAACAAGGAGAUGGAGGAUGUGGGAAAUGAUAUUUUUCAAAUUUUGGUCAGAAAUUCGUUAUUCCAAGAUGUUGAAAGGGAUGAGUAUGGUCACAUCACUCGUUGUAGCAUGCAUGAUUUGGUGCAUGAUCUUUCAUUAUCACUUUCAAAGCAUCAAAGCUUAUGUCUGGUGGAUGCGAAAACUGAUGAUAUUGCAUGUAUCCCUCGGGUUAAACAUCUCUCUUUUUACCAAAAACUAAACAAGGAUGAUGAAGUGAAAGCCAAGGUUUCUAUGUUCAGUGAAAGAGACACAUUGGCUAGAAGUUUGCAUACACUGCUCAUCAAAGGUGAAGUUGAGAAGAAAUUUUCAUUUCAACCAUUAAAGUGCAUGCGAAUCCUAAAGCUCAAGAGAUGUGGGAUAGAGAAAAUAGACAACUCAAUUGGAGAGUUAGUGCAUCUCAGGUAUCUUAAUUUGUCAUAUAACAAGAUCCGUGUUCUUCCUGAAUCUAUUGGAAAAUUAUACCACUUGCAAACUCUGAAGUUGACUGAAGACAUUGAGCAGUUUCCAGAAGCCAUGAGAAAUUUGAUAAGCCUGCGAUAUUUUAUGGGUAACAAAAAGAUUCCUGCCAAUAUCGUGGGACCGUUGACUUCUCUUCGAAAACUGUCUUCAAUCAAAGUGCUUAGAAGGAAAGGAUGUGGUAUUGAAGAGCUACGCCAUUUGAAUAACCUUACUGGAAGUCUCUCUAUUUCACAUCUAGAGAACGUCAGUAGCAAAGAGGAAGCUAUCAAGGCAGAUUUAUCUACAAAGAAAAACUUAAACAAUAUUGAAUUCAAUUGGAGUGGGAACGAUGAUGAAGAUGCCAACCGAAACGACAAGGAUGUAUUGGAAGGCUUGCAACCCCCUAGAGAUGUGAAAAAGCUGACAUUUAGCCAUUUUUGUGGUGAUAAUUUUCCGAAUUGGGUAACGAAGAUGGCAAUCCAUAUUGAAGGGAAAUGGACACCCCUUGACAAGCUUGUGGAGAUCAGAUUAUCUCACUGUAGGAGCUGCCUCUCUCUUCCGACGCUUGAGCACCUUCCACAUCUUCGCAAUCUUUAUUUAUGGCAUAUGGACAGCUUGACAUGUUUAAGGAGUUCCGAUGUUACUGGAUCGACAAAGCCUUUGUCUCCAUCGUUGAGAUCACUCACACUAUGGCAUAUGGAAAGACUUGAAAAGUGGAUAGAUGGAGCAACCAACAGCUCAAAAAUGAUUUCUCCUGUCCUAGAGACAUUGGAAAUCUGGUAUUGCCCAAAGAUUAUUCUUAUAGAUGAAUGCCAUCCCCAUCCUCUUGUUUCCUUACUGGUAUAUAAGUGCAGAGGUCUGGAGUCCAUUAAGAGCAUACAAGGCCUCACAUCUCUUGUAUCUUUACAAAUUUACCAUUGCCAGAGUCUUUUAGAAAUAACCAAUUUGCCCAACCAGUGUCAUUCUUUGAAGACUUUGCAAAUUAUCAAUUGCGACAAACUGACAUCUUUGCCUUGCGAAAUGUUUGACUGUUUUGCCUUCUUAAACGAGUUGACACUUGGUCCGUUCUCAAAGGAGCUGGAUUCUUUCCCAAGUCUCCAAGGCAUUGAGAAGUUAAGGAACCACCUUCACUCGUUAGAUUUGAGAGGUUGGGAUCAUUGGGAAUCGAUGCCAGAAGAAAUACAACACCUCACCUCACUGACUGACUUAACCAUGGAUGGAUUUGGAAUGCAAGAACUGCCCAUGUGGUUAACCAGAAUGUCAUCUAUCCGACAGUUGGGGUUCAAUGAAUGCAUGGGGUUAAAUAAAGAAACAGUUAGACGUGGAGCACCACAGGAAGCAACAACUGUUGUCAGAUUAAAUGAUCAAGAGUGUUAA